AUCACAUUUGAAUUAAUGGCGCAAAAGGCGAAAACGGGAGAACAAAGCGAUUUAUUAGGGGGAAAUUUUUUGUCGCACCGUGUAUCCAACACCUUUUCCGAACGCACCCUAAAACGCGGUAAGUGCGGCAAACAACAGAAGCCAAACAACAAGCCGACGAUACAUUUGAGUCAAAAUGCCACCUGUUUUGUUAAUGAAAUCAAUUGUGUGAUCUCUGCAACUUCAGUUCAAUCCGUGGGUGGCUAUUCAUUUAACGGUGUUAAAAAGCCACCGAAAAGACGCGGAAAAAGUGAAAAUAUUUAUCCAAGUAUGGAAGAAAAAAGUAAAAAGUAUGAAGGAAAGAACAGUGUAAUUGAAUUUGUUGAAGGUUGGGAUAUGAUACAAACGCUGGGUGAAGGAGCUUUUGGGGAAGUAAAACUACUAGUCAAUGCAAAAACCGGAGAAGCAGUGGCAAUGAAAGUAAUUGAUUUGAAGAAACAUGCCAAUGCUGCUGAAACGGUCAAAAAAGAAGUUUGUGUUCACCGAAUGUUAAAUGACCCUCAUGUCAUUCGGUUUUAUGGCAGAAGGGAAAAUGGCAAUUUUGAAUUCAUUUUUUUGGAAUAUGCAAGCGGUGGAGAGCUCUUUGACAGAAUAGAGCCUGAUGUGGGAAUGCCUCAAAUGGAAGCCCAGCGUUAUUUCAAACAAUUGAUUGCUGGUGUAAACUACUUGCAUAGCAGAGGGGUGGCUCAUAGAGACAUAAAACCAGAAAAUUUGCUUUUGGAUGCGAAUGAUAAUUUGAAAAUAUCUGAUUUCGGAAUGGCAACAAUCUUUCGAUUUCAAGGUCGUGAAAGACUUCUGGAUAAACGUUGUGGAACUUUGCCUUACAUAGCUCCUGAAGUGCUUUGUCGCAAGUACGCAGCAGAGCCGGCUGAUAUUUGGUCUUGCGGCGUCGUCCUUGUUGCCAUGUUAGCUGGAGAAUUACCUUGGGAUGUCCCUUCUAAUGAUUGUCCCCUAUAUACAUCAUGGAAAGAAUGUCAGAUCACGCGAUUGCCAUGGACAAAGAUUGAUACGCUUGCUUUGUCUUUAUUGCGAAAAGUGCUGAUGCCUCUGCCAGGGAAGCGUUAUAGCAUUCAACAAAUAACUAACCAUCAGUGGUUUCAAAAAAUAUUUAAAGUUUCAAGUACAUCUCUAAGAACAGAAGAGAAUACACCUGUAUCGAAACGGAUAUGUUCUGACGCUGUGGACGCCGGUUUGUUACCGUCUUCGUCGGACGCCAGUCGUCUGUCAUACUCUCAGCCUGGCUUGGGCUUCUUCUCCGGUUCCCAACCGGUUCACCAAAACGACAACAACGAUGACGAAGAACCGAAUAAUCUGCCAGGCGCAGUGUUUAGCUUCUCUCAACCCGCUCAUAUUGACGAUAUGCUACUUAACUCCCAGCUGAACACGCAGACCGCUUCAGGCUCAAGUAUGAGUUCGCCACUGCAAAGACUCGUUAAAAGAAUGACUCGUUUGGUGGCUAAAGUCAGCUGUGAAGAAGCAAUCAAGCAUUUGAGCCAACAACUAAUCAAACUUGGCUACACUUGGAAAAUACACACCCCAGGAGUGGUUACUAUAUCAACUCAAGACAGACGCAAAAUGCAACUUGUUUUCAAAGCAACAGUUUAUGAUAUGCAGACAAUGGUGUUGCUCGACUUUCGGUUGUCGAGAGGUUGUGGACUUGAUUUCAAACGGCAUUUCCUAGCCAUUAAACAUAAAUUAGCUGAUAUCUUGUGCUCUGCACCAGUAACAUGGUCAAUAGCCACUGCUACUAAUAGCAUUCCCUGAACAACCUUUUUAAUUAUGUUGUUUUAUAAAUGUUGAAUUACACAGAAUGAUUUGUAGCAUAAA